AUGUCAUCUUACCUUUUAAUUGUUAAGUCUGAACUUCCUGGUGCUGUUGCGGGGUUCUUAAGUGGAGACGAGAGCGGGUCUUGGUACCUUGAUGGGAGACUGCUGCUGCUGAUUACUUCAGUCUGCAUUGUUUUUCCUCUUGCACUUCUUCCGAAAAUUGGCUUUCUUGGCUACACAAGUAGUUUAUCAUUUUUCUUUAUGGUGUACUUUGCUCUUGUGAUUGUGAUAAAAAAAUGGUCAAUCCCUUGUCCUCUACCUCUAAGUAGUGCCAUAGAGACUUUACAGGUUUCAAAUUCUACUGGGGACUGUAAAGCAAAGCUCUUUCAUCUUUCAAAAGAGAGUGCUUAUGCAAUACCAACUAUGGCCUUCUCUUUUCUCUGCCAUACCUCAGUCUUACCCAUCUAUUGUGAGCUCCAAAGUCCAUCGAAAAGUAGAAUGCAGAAUGUAACUGUCACAGGAAUUGGUCUGAGUUUCCUAAUAUACUUUAUGUCUGCUCUGUUUGGGUACCUGACGUUUUAUGACAAAGUGGACUCUGAAUUGCUGCAAGGCUACAGCAGGUACCUGCCCCAUGAUACUGCCAUCAUGACUGUUAAAGUAGCCAUACUGUGUGCUGUGCUUUUGACAGUCCCUCUAAUCCAUUUCCCAGCAAGGAAAGCUGUAUUGAUGGUAUUCUUCUCUAGUCUUCCUGUGUCGUGGAUUUGCCAUAUCCUUGUCACUUUAACACUGAAUACAGUUGUUGUAUUGUUUGCAAUGUACGUGCCAGACAUUAAAAAUGUAUUUGGAGUAGUCGGUUCAACCACAUCAACAUGUUUGCUUUUUGUGUAUCCUGGACUAUUUUAUCUUAAACUUAGCAGAGAGGACUUUUUAUCACCACAGAAACUUGGGGCAUGUGCACUGGUUAUUUUUGGCAUUUGCGUUGGCCUUCUCAGUUUAGUUCUAAUAAUUUUCAAUUGGGUUGAUCAGUAA